AUGGAAGAGCAUGAUCCAGAAAUCCAACCAUCACCAAAUUCAAACACAGGAAAUCAACAACCGUCGCAACGUUCCACUCGUCAGAAACAAGAUUUAGCAUGGGCACAUGUCACUCAUACUUUAGAUGCAAAGGGGAAAAGCAUUCUUACUUGUGAUUUUUGUGGUAAGGUUAAUCAGGGAGGUGGAAUCAAUAGAAUGAAACAACAUUUGGCGGGAGUGAAAGGAAGCACAAAUGGAUGCACAAAGGUUCCUCCAGAAGUUCAACAUGAAAUGAGAAAUUCACUGAAAGAAAAUGAGGAUAGAGCAAAUGUGAAGCGAGGAGUGAAUAGGCAACUUCACGAUUUCGAUGAUGGUGAAGGUUCUACGCAAGUAUGUGUGCCUCCAAGUCAGAAAAGAAAGGUCAGUACGGAUGUAAGCUCGUACUUUAAAAGGGGUCUAGAAGAUCAGACACAACCAACAAUAAAAUCAUGCUUGCAAAGUAAGGAAAAGGUUCAUGAUGCUGAUAUGGCUAUCGCAUUAUUUUUCUAUGAUGUAUGUAUGCCUAUGAAUGCAGCUAAUUCUAGGUUUUAUCAGCCUAUGAUCAACAAAAUUGCAAGCAUGGGUCGUGGUUAUAUAGGGCCUUCCUAUCAUGCUUUAAGGGUUGGUUUACUACGUGAUGCUAAGCUGCAAGUUUCUUUGAUUAUCAACUCUUUUAGGAGUAAAUGGGCUGAUACUGGUUGUACUCUGAUGGGUGAUGGGUGGAAAGAUACUAGGCAGAGGCCAUUAAUUAAUUUUUUGGUCUACUGUCCUAAGGGGAUAACUUUCAUCAAAUGUGGGAAGAAAAGAUCAUAUGAUCCUGUUGAUUAUGAAUCGAUUGAUAAAACUGAGUUUUGGAUCAUGGAAGAAGAAAAAGAAGGAGAACUUGAUUUUUCUGAAUUCGAAAAUAAGCUUCUUGAAGAAUAUCCUAAAGAUGGCGAAGAACUCAAUCAUGGUGAUGAAGAUUUGGAGUGA